AUGUCGACAGCCUGCAGUGGCCGCACAGCUCGCGGCGAGCGGAUGGCACAUUUCCGGAGCCUGCGGCUGGGGUUGCUGCUGGGGGCGUUGUGCGCCCUGGCCCUGUCCCCGGCUCCGGCGCGCGCGGCGGGCUCGGUGCGCCUGGCGGGCAGCCUCACUCUGGGCGGCCUGUUCCCGGUGCACGCGCGGGGCGCGGCUGGCCGGGCGUGCGGGCCGCUCAAGAAGGAGCAGGGCGUGCACCGGCUCGAGGCCAUGCUUUACGCGCUGGACCGCAUCAACGCCGACCCGCAGCUGCUGCCGGGCGUGCGCCUGGGCGCGCGGCUGCUGGACACCUGCUCCCGGGACACGUACGCGCUGGAGCAGGCUCUGAGCUUCGUGCAGGCGCUGAUCCGCGGCCGCGGCGACAGCCACGAGGAGGCCGCGCGCUGCCCCGGAGGCCUGCCCCCGCUGCCCGCCGCGCCCCCGGAGCGCGUGGUGGCUGUGGUGGGCGCCUCGGCCAGCUCCGUGUCCAUCAUGGUGGCCAACGUGCUGCGCCUGUUUGCGGUCCCCCAAAUCAGCUACGCCUCCACAGCCCCUGAGCUCAGCGAUUCUACCCGCUAUGACUUCUUCUCCCGUGUGGUUCCACCCGACUCCUAUCAGGCCCAGGCCAUGGUGGACAUUGUGCGUGCAUUAGGCUGGAACUAUGUGUCCACACUGGCCUCAGAGGGCAACUAUGGCGAAAGCGGAGUGGAGGCUUUUGUGCAAAUAUCCCGGGAGACUGGGGGUGUCUGUAUUGCCCAAUCCAUCAAGAUUCCACGAGAACCCAAGCCAGGAGAAUUCAACAAGGUCAUCAAGAGACUCCUAGAGACACCCAACGCCCGCGCCAUCAUCAUUUUUGCCAAUGAGGAUGACAUCAGGAGGGUUUUAGAAGCUGCUCGCCAGGCCAACCUGACUGGCCACUUUCUGUGGGUGGGAUCUGACAGCUGGGGAGCCAAGACCGCCCCCAUCCUGCACCUGGAGGACAUGGCCCAGGGCGCCAUCACCAUCUUGCCCAAAAGGGCCUCCAUUGAUGGAUUCGACCAGUAUUUUAUGACCCGUUCUUUGGAAAACAACCGUCGAAAUAUCUGGUUUGCUGAGUUCUGGGAAGAGAAUUUUAACUGCAAACUCACCAACUCACAGACCCAGCAGGAUGAAUCCACUCGCAAGUGUACAGGUGAGGAACGUAUCGGCCGGGAUUCCAACUAUGAGCAGGAGGGGAAGGUGCAGUUUGUGAUCGAUGCUGUGUAUGCUAUUGCCCAUGCCCUGCACAGCAUGCAUCAGGCUCUGUGUCCUGGCUUCAUUGGCCUGUGUCCAGCCAUGGAACCCACUGAUGGGCGGACCCUGCUGCAGUAUAUUCGUGCUGUCCACUUCAAUGGCAGCGCAGGAACCCCUGUGAUGUUCAAUGAGAACGGAGAUGCACCCGGGCGCUACGACAUCUUCCAGUACCAGACCGCCAAUGGGAGCGGCAGCAGCGGCGGGUACCAGGCGGUGGGCCAGUGGGCUGAGACGCUGCGGCUGGACGUGGAAAUGCUGCAGUGGUUUGGGGAGCGUCGGGAGGUGCCCGCGUCUCUGUGCAGCCUCCCCUGUGGAGCAGGCGCCAGGAAGAAGAUGGUGAAAGGCGUCCCGUGCUGCUGGCACUGCGAGGCAUGCGACGGCUACCGCUUCCAGGCCGACGAGUUCACAUGUGAGGCCUGCCCUGGCCACCUGCGGCCCAGCCCAAACCACACGAGCUGCCGGCCCACGCCCGUGGUGCGCCUCACCUGGUCUUCCCCCUGGGCCGUGCUGCCCUUGCUCCUGGCAGUGCUGGGCAUCAUGGCCACCACGACCGUCGUGGCCGUCUUUGUGCGCCACCACGAAACGCCCAUCGUGCGGGCCUCGGGCCGCGAGCUCAGCUACGUGCUGCUCACGGGCAUCUUCCUCAUCUAUGCCCUCACGUUCCUCAUGGUGGCCGAGCCGGGCACUGGCGUCUGUGCCACCCGCCGGAUAUUCCUGGGCCUGGGCACGUCGCUCAGCUAUUCGGCGCUGCUCACCAAGACCAACCGCAUCUAUCGCAUCUUCGAGCAGGGCAAGCGCUCCGUCACGCCUCCGCCGUUCAUCAGUCCCACCUCGCAGCUUGUCAUCACCUUCAGCCUCACCGCGGUCCAGGUGGUGGGUGUGCUGGCAUGGCUGGGGGCCCAACCCCCCCACAGUGUCAUUGACUACGAGGAGCAGCGGACACUGGACCCAGAGCAGGCCCGGGGAGUGCUCAAGUGCGACAUGUCAGAUGUGUCUCUCAUUGGCUGCCUGGCCUACAGCCUCCUGCUCAUGGUGACAUGCACUGUCUACGCCAUCAAGGCUCGAGGUGUGCCUGAGACAUUCAAUGAAGCCAAACCCAUUGGCUUCACCAUGUACACCACCUGCAUCAUCUGGCUGGCUUUUGUGCCCAUCUUCUUUGGCACUGCCCAGUCAGCUGAGAAGAUCUACAUCCAGACCACCACGUUGACUGUGUCCUUGAGCCUGAGUGCCUCAGUGUCCCUUGGCAUGCUCUACGUUCCCAAAACCUACACCAUCCUCUUCCACCCUGAGCAGAAUGUACAGAAGCGGAAGCGGAGCCUCAAGACAACCCCCACUAUGACAGCAGCUUCACUCAAGGGCCAAGAUGCAGAGUCUCCAUAG